AUGAGCGCACCCUCGACUCUACCAGACCACCUCGCCUACCUCUCAACUCUCGUCCUCGUCUCUCGCGCUUCCGCCUCGUCCUCAGCAGCCAACUCGACCAGCCCAGCCGGCUUCACACACGCGCGGACACUUCCGCUUCACACCCUUUCGCACCUCCUGCGGUCGUACCUCCACCUCGUCGCCUCGGCUGCUGUCGAGAGUGCGAACCAGGCUGGACGAACAAAGGUCAGCUUGUGGGACGUGGGAGAGGUGCUCGAUGAGUAUGGGUUCCGAGGAAGGGCAGGAUUGGCGGAACUGAAGGAGGAGGCGGAGAGGGGACUUGACGGUGUUGAGGAGGAGGCGGAGCAGCUUGCAGAUCUUGCAAAGGGCUUGCAGGACCACCUCGCCCUGCCGCCGAUCCAGCCCCCGCUCUGCCAACUCAGCUACGACCCGCUCGGCCCAUCCGAACUCUCGCUCCUCUCGCUCGUCCAGUCUCUCCCUUCCGAAGACGCCGCAACACCUGGCGCGACGGACGGCUCGUCCUCCUCAGACGAAGAAGACGAGAUCGCGUCUCCUCCGCCGACCCAGCCGCCGACGCAGGAGUCGGUAACGCAGAUCAAGCCUGAACCAAGCUUCGAUGCGAUAAACGGACUCGAGUCGUUCGGGCUGGGAGAUCUCGGGUCGCUGACAGGCGGGGACACCAACUUCUUCGAUUCUCUCCCCCUUGGUUCCCUUCCUCCAACAUCUCAAGGAGCUCCCGCAAUCAACGGCAUCGGCGACAUCACCGCCUCGGUCUUCCACCCUCUCGAUCUCGCCGGCCGCCCAAUCGCCGACCUUUCGCUCCUCGGUCCCGCCUCACUCACCUCCCUCCCCUUCCCCAUCGACGAAGAAGACACUCGCCCCUUCCCUGCCUGGCGCGACCCCACACAAGUACCCUCCUAUGUCCCGCCUUUCUUCCCGCCCUUUCCAGGGAUGGAGCGCGAGUCGCCUGAAGCGCUUGCGAGGCGGCGGCGGCGCGAGCGGGAGCGUGAGAGGGACGCGUUGGAGGCUGCGACAGGCCAGCAGCAGCAGCAGCAGGGUGCGGGCGCGACGGUCAGUCGUGCGGCAGCGGCGUUGAUGCUUGGUGCGGGAGCUGGAGGAGAUCCGUGGCAAGAGGCGAUUCCCUACUCGGCGAGCAGUCUAGCGACGAUGGCGAAUGAGUUUGGACACUCGUUGCCGACCCCUUCGAGUCCGCAUAGCGGGAAGGGCGGGAAGGACUUGCCAAACGGAGGACCGGGCGGGAAGAGCAGGAAGAAGCGACGGAGGAGCUUGUCGCCGCCGCCUUCGACUUCCACUUCGCUCGCCGCGUUCGAGACGAUCCAGCCUCUGAUGCCGCACCAGCCUUCCUUUUUGCGGACGAACCAGCUGCGGCGAACGGCGGCGGGUUACAUCGCGUACAAUCAGCGACACCCCGAACUCGCCAUCUCGUCCGACUCGCUUUUCGGCUCGCUCCCGUACGCGCAGCCUCUCCGACAACCGACGCUCCCGCCCGGAUUCCUUCCCGACUUUGCGCCGCCCCUCAUCCACCCUUUCAACACAAACCUGCCCUUCACCGUCUCGAACCCGGUCCCUUGCCACCCCGCCGCCUCGACCUCGAUCCUCCCCGCUCCCCCUCCAAACCCUCGCAUCCCGACCGUCCUCUCCUCCAUCGCGCGCGAGCUCUCCUUUCCUCUCCAGUUCGACACCCGCCCCGGCAUGCGCGACCAACUGCACCCGAACAUCGCCCUCUUCGCCCGCCUGCGCCGAAUCGGUCCGCCAGGCCCGCUCGGCCCGAAAGGCGAGGCGCUCAACUACGAGUUCAUCGGUCAAACGUCGCUCGUCGCGCUCUCGAAUGUCGAGUGGCCUGAACGACGGUACAACGCCAAGUUGCCGAAGCGGUUUGGGGCGGAGGAUCCGGAUGCGGCGGCUGCGGCUGGUGGAGGUGGGAUCAAGUUGAAGUUGGGUGGUGGGACGGGCGCAGGCGCAGCGACGACGGGCAGGCAGACGAGGGAGGGAAGCAUGGCGAUCUCGACGCCGUGGAAUACGUUCGGCGGCUCGCCGGCACCUUUCCUCGGCAGCGGGACGGGCGCGACGCCAGGUCCGAACGGCGUCACUCUCGGUCCUUCGUCAUCCGCCUUCUCCGCCUUCGAGUUUGGCAGUACCAGCAACAUCCCGUUCACCUCGACCGCCUUCCCUACCUCGACUCCCGCACCGACGGACUUCCCCGCCGCCCAGCCACAAGCAGACUUCGACUAUCCCGAUUUCCUCCUCUCCGCUGGCGGAUUCAGCGCCGCGCCGACACCUGUGGGAGGAACGGAGCUGGAUUGGGCGACGAUUGCGUCGACUGCCGCUUCGGCUGCUCCAACGGUGACGGCGACGAGCGCGAUCGAUCCAGCGCUCGAGAAUACAUCGGCGCCCCUCGCGUCGACCUCGGCUUCAACGAGCGCGACCGACCCGUCGCUUGCUGGCGAGACGGCGACGACCUCGUCGGGAGUCCCUGCGCCUCCUCCUCCGCCUCCAUCGCCACCACCCGAGCCUACUCCCGCAGAAGCGUCCGGAGCACCUGCACCCGCACCCGCACCCGCACCAGCGCCAGUAGGCGAGGACUCGGCACAGCACGAAGCGGACGGAGCGGAUGCGUCGAUGGACAUGGACGGCGUGGAGGACGCGGUUUCGCGAGCGAUCCAGGCGAGCGUCAGUCAGGGAGGGAUGCUGUUCUCGAUACCGGGGAUGGGCGGCGAGCAGCAGGAUGGGCACUAG